UCUUAUGAUGUCAGCAAAUACAAACACAUUUGAAAGUAUGAAAGCAGUCAUUUUAUCAGCUCAUGAAUGCACCACCUCAAGAGAAAAGAUCAAGUUCUACAACACCUGGGCAGAGACCUAUGAUCAGGAUGUGGCUGUUCUGGAUUACCGUGCACCGAGUCUGGCAGCUGACAGCAUUGCAUCACAUUUCAAUGGCGUGCGAGAAGCAGCCGUUGUGUUGGAUGUGGCGUGUGGGACUGGACUGGUGGCCAAACAGCUGAGCAAACAUGGAUUUAGACAUUUUGUGGGUGUUGAUGGAUGUGAGGCCAUGCUGGACAAGGCUAGAGAGAGUGGGUUGUACCAGGACCUGAAGCAGUCCCUGCUGGGGGAGGAUCCUCUACCUGAACAGUUCGCAGGUUCAUUUGAUGUGGUUGUCAUUGUUGGGGCUUUGAGUGAUAGUCAUAUACCUGUUCAAGUGGCCAGAGACCUGCUCAAUGCCACCAAACCAGGUGGCUGCAUCUGCAUGACAACCAGAAGUAACAAGGACAACACUGAGUACAAAGCUAAUCUUGAGAUGGAGCUGAAGAAGAUGGAGGAAGAGGGGCUCUGUACUUGUUUAGAGGUCACAGACGUGGAGGACUGGGAGAGAGCGGUGUCGGAGCACGAGCAUGGCUACAUAUCUGGAGUUGUGUACCUCUAUAAGAAACUGUAA